AUGAUCAUCUCACCCAUCGAAUGGAGGGAAGAACCUGGAGUAGAAUUCUGGACUGCCAACUACAAGUUCGAGUGGACAUUCGAGAACUGCACCAGAGAACUACUAGAGAACUCACCAGUCAAGCUACUCUCAAGACCAUUUGGUGAUAACCGAUGGCAGAUCUCAGUCGGAACGAUUGCCAAAACACCGGGCUAUCUUGGCGUCUUCCUCGGAGCUGCUCAGGAUAUAGAACUCUUGACUUCAAAAACUUGGAUCAGACGAUGUGAGAGCUGUACAGCUACCCUCGGAACCCCUUUGUCUCGAGGGGCCUAUGGGAUGAACAAGAACAUCUCUGGUGGUUAUACCUUCAAUGCUGGCCUCGAAAGUCGAAGAGGUCAGGCGAAGUAUAUCAAGCUUGAUAAACUAUUUAUGGACCCUGCCUUUAUCAUCGAGAAAGCCCUGUUUGUUGAAGUCACACUGUCUGAGCGACGACGAACAACUCAACCAUCUCCAUUCGGUGACAUCCAACGCUUCGCAGGCAGAUCAGCCAGAUUUUCUACGCUCUUCGACGACCCGGAAUGUUCGGAUGUCUGUUUCGUGUUCCCUAAACGAAAAGGCAAAGGCGUCCGAACGAUUUACGCUCAGAAAUACAUUAUCCGAUCGCUGCCCUACUUCAACACUAGUUCGGUUCCCCCUCAUCCAUCCUUGAAAAUUUGCGAUCGAGAGCUCGAAGACGUCUCCAGUCCAGGCUCUACUUUCGCCGGUCAACUGGUACCAGAGGGAUCGACGACGGCCUCGAUCGCUGAUGAUUCUGCCAUGACGGACGGCCCAAGCGUCUUGCUUGAUGGGUCCACCUACGAUGAGGAUGACUCGGAUUUCGAGUUGGAUGAUUUAGAUGACAUAAUGCGAGGAGUACAGCAGGCAGCAGAUCAUCUCACCCUCGCCGAUGUUGGUAACUUGUCCGACGGUCAACAAUUCCUUGGACCCACGACGGCCGAUCGACCUUCAAAGAAACGAAGGAUAUCUCAACUAGCUGAUAAACAAAAUCAAGCCGACGAUGACAUCGAGGUGGAUGAUGUGGCUCCCAAGAAAGGGAUCCAUCGAGUUACCAUCACAUCUACUCCCUACACGACAUACCGGGCGCUACUCUUGUACAUUUACUCCAACUCAAUCGCCUGGGCUCCGUUGCGAUCCAAUUGGUUGGUCCACAAACAAAGGAUGGAAGCCAAAGGUCGCUCGCCCGGAAGAAGAGCGGCGUUUGUGAGGGAACAUGCGGUGAAGUUUUCGUUGGCCAUGGAGAUGGACGAGCUUCAGCCUACAUCACCCAAGUCAAUGUUUGUCUUGGCUGACAUGUUACAAUUGCCAGAACUUAGACAAGAAGCGUUAGAUCAGUUCAUGAGGUCUCUUCAAGUCGAUAAUAUCUGUAUCGAGCUCGCUAGUUCUUUUCUUGGAAAGUAUGACCGGGUCCGCCAACUAGCGUUUGAGUUUUUGAAGAGUAAUUGGAAAUCGGUCAUCCAAACCCACAGCUUCACGCUCCUGAUGGACGAAGGAUUGAGCAACGUGUCAGCGGCCGUUCGGACGGACUUCCAGAAGUUAUUCAAGUGUCUUGACGUGUCUCCGAGCCCCAGCUCGAUCAAACAACAGACUAACAAUCACAAUAACAACAAUAACAAUAAUGGGGCCAAUAACCCUAACCCAGCCGCUAACCCCGCUGGUCCCGCUCACAAUCUGCAUAUCCGCCAGAAUGGGUUGAAUCCUGCCUUUCCUCAAGGAAAUAAUCCCGUCCAACUCAUCCAUCACCCCAAUGUCCACUACCCUCGCCACCAGUAA